ACAAAAACACCCGAGCAAGAUGCUCAAUGGUGAAGAUGCUUUAGUGAUCCGGCACUUACUGCCCCUUCUAUAUAUUCCCACCAUUCCAUAAGAAAUUGAAACAAACUCCUAUUGCGAACCCCCUCCAACGAUUCUGUCUGUCCAUCUGUCUCUCUCUCUCUCUCUAAGAUGGAUUUAGUGGGUGAAACUCUGCAGCAAUUGACGGAGUUAGGACUGCCCUUAAUACGGACACCCGCGGUAUCAGGUCUGUGCACCAUAUUGGCCAUAGUAGCCGGAGUUUUGGGGUACUUCUAUGGACCCUAUUGGGGUGUGAGAAAGGUACCUGGUCCUCCCGCCAUGCCCUUCGUGGGACACCUGCCCUUGCUUGCUAAGUAUAGCACUGACGUCUUCUCUGUCCUUGCCAAACGCUAUGGACCUAUUUUCAGGUUUCAUAUGGGUAGACAACCAUUGGUGAUUAUAGCAGAUGCAGAGCUUUGUAGAGAAGUUGGAAUUAAGAAAUUCAAAUACAUUCCAAACAGAAGCAUUCCCUCUCCAAUCUUAAGUACCCCACUUCAUCAAAAAGGUCUCUUUUUCUCCAGGGAUUCAAGAUGGUCUACCAUGCGAAACACAAUAAUAUCAGUCUACCAACCAUCUCACCUAGCCAAGUUGGUGCCAACAAUGCAAACAUUCAUCGAGUCUGCAAGCGAAAAUCUCCACUCCAACAAAGAAGAGGACCUCACUUUCUCCGACCUGUCCAUCAAAUUGGCCACAGAUGUGAUUGGACAGGCUGCAUUUGGUGUCGACUUUGGGCUCUCUAAGCCACAAUCAGGCGAUGACACAGUAAACAAUCCAAAACAUAAUGGUGGUGAAGUCCAAGACUUCAUCAAGCAACACAUCUACUCCACAACAAUGCUUAAGAUGGACUUAUCAGGUUCCUUUUCAAUCAUAUUAGGCCUACUUGUCCCCAUACUCCAGGAGCCAUUUCGCCAGAUUCUCAAAAGAAUACCGGGCACUAUGGACUGGAAAGCAGAACGAACAAACGAUAAUUUGAGUAGCCAGCUUGAUGACAUCGUUGCAAAGAGAAUGAAAGAGAAGGACCGAGGUUCAAAGGACUUCUUGUCUCUGAUACUGAGUGCAAGAGAGUCAGAGACGGUGUCAAGGAACAUUUUCACCAUGGACUACAUUAGUGCAGUAACUUAUGAGCACCUACUUGCUGGAUCAGCAACCACAGCUUUUACAUUGUCUUCAAUUGUCUAUCUGGUUGCUGGGCAUCCAGCAGUUGAGAGUAAGUUGCUCGAAGAGAUUGAUGGGUUUGGUCCACAUGAUCAGAUGCCAACGGCCCAUGAUCUUCAACACAAUUUUCCCUAUCUUGAUCAGGUGAUUAAAGAGUCAAUGAGGUUCUAUACUGUUUCCCCAUUAGUUGCAAGAGAAACAUCAGAACAAGUGGAGAUUGGAGGUUACAUUCUCCCAAAGGGAACAUGGGUGUGGUUAGCUCUUGGAGUGCUAGCGAAAGACCCGAAGAAUUUUCCUGAACCAGACAAGUUUAAGCCAGAGAGGUUCGACCCAAAUUGUGAAGAAGAAAAGCAAAGGCAUCCUUAUGCACACAUCCCCUUCGGUAUUGGUCCUCGAGCAUGCAUUGGGCAAAAAUUCUCCUUGCAAGAAAUUAAACUCUCGUUGAUUCAUCUGUACCGGAAGUAUGUAUUUCGACAUUCCCCCAACAUGGAAGAACCUUUGGCACUUGAGUAUGGCGUCGUUCUUAAUUUCAAACAUGGUGUCAAGGUUAGAGCCAUCAAACGAGCAUGAAAUUUGUUAAACAUGGCUGAGCCAUCUUCUAAAUCAUGUAUCCUUUUUAUAUACUAAAUGAUAUAAUGUAGUUUAAAUUUGUCA